AGCUUCUUUGAUCGCAGUUUCGACCGGCUUCAAAUUUCUCAAAUUUUAGAUGUGUAAUUCUAUGUGUUAUCGUGCCUUACUUGAAGGAGAUAUCGCUGAGAAUGUUCCCACUUAUCGAUCGACCUCUUCGAUUAAGGAGCUACAGCCAGCUUACAUCGGCUAAGAAUUAUUUCAGCUUUCGCGAUCAACACGUUUCUGUGUUUUGAUGAAACAAGAUAUCUCUGAGAUAAUCGAACUGUCAGAGACGACCGACACAGAACGAAGGCCGCUGCUGAAUUUUUAUUUUUCCUCAACGCGGUUGGUCAUCCCGAGGACUCCUGGUCGUCCUUACUGCCCCUCAAGACAUACUCAAGCAUGGUCAACAAAAUUGGUUCCAUCUCAUUGAACAUCGAGAAUACUUUUCAAUCUAAGGAAGAGAGUGCCGACUAUGAAAAAGCUCUCAAACUUUGUGGCUAUGGAAAAUUUCACUAUGGAUUUGUAUUGGUUUGUGGAGUUAUGUUUCUCUGUGCUGGUUUGCAAAAUGGAGUUAAUGCCUAUAUUUUACCAGCAGCGGGAUGCGAUUUACAAUUGUCGUCUGAAGAAAAGGGAUUUUUAAAUGUGGCCUUCUUAGUAGGUGGUGUGAUUAGCUCGUUGGUUUGGGGAAUAGCUUCAGAUGCAUACGGUCGAAAAAAUAUACUUUUGGGUACCUUGAUUUCUGAUAGCUUUGUUUGCGUGUUGGCAAGCUUGUCGCAGAGUUUCACUAUGCUUCUUAUUUUCAGAACUGUCGGUGGAUUCACAAUUGGUGCACCAGGUGCUUUAGUUUUUACAUACCUAGGAGAAUUUCAUUCAGAAAAGCAACGUUCAAAGAGCAUUUGCUACGUUGGAUUUUUCUGGACCAUUUCCUGGUUAAUCUUGCCUGGUUUGGCAUGGACAAUUAUUCCAUUAUCGUUUUCAUUGAGGAUUCACGGAUUUGUUUUUAAUUCAUGGCGACUCUAUCUUCUAUUGACUGGUCUCCCUGCUUUAUUAAUUUCGCUAAUAGGCAUCAACUAUCCUGAAAGUCCGAAAUUUUUGGUGGCCAAGGGCAGAACUGAGGAGGCACUUCAGGUUCUUAGGAAAAUGUAUGCCAUAAAUACUGGCCGCGAUGAAAGUGAAUAUCCGGUGAAAUAUCUUAUAAGUGAAUAUGGUAUGAGUGCAAAGGAACUAGAAGCGUGUGACGCUGAUUCUAAUUUAACAGAAUUAUUGAGAAACAUCUGGAAUCAAAUUAGAGCGUUGACAGCCCCUCCGUUCUUGAAAUAUAUUGUUCUCAGCUCCUCAAUAUUUUUCUUGAAUAUGUUCGGCUACUACGGGUUGGGACUCUGGUUACCAGAAUUGUUUAACCGGUUCGAAUCGCAUUACAAACUUCAACCAAAUGUUUCGGUGUCUGUUUGCGAGUUGAUAAACAACGCAAAUAAAACUGAAGUGUUCAGAUUGAGUAAAAGGGAUAUUUUUGUUCCUGCAUGUACUGGUAUGAAUGAACAAGUGUUUAUAAACACUUUGACCAUUAACGCAAUUUGUCUAUUGGGAAAUGUCGCUUCCGGUUAUCUCGCAGAUCGAGUGGGAAGACGAACCAUACCCGUGACAACUAUGCUCGUGGCUGGCAUUUCAAGUGUGGCGAUUUAUUUUGUAAGAUCAUCCUCUCAAAAUCUGAUAGUCUCCUGUAUUUUUUCGCUGGCAAUUGCUACUGCAAAUUUCGCACUCAGCGGAGUUGUCGUUGAGAUUUUUCCAACGCACGUUGGAGCUAUUGCUAUUUGUUUAUCGGUCUGCUUCGGAAGAAUAGGAGCGAUAGCUAGCAACCUAAUUUUUGGAAUGCUUCUAGACAUCAGUUGUGAGGUGCCCAUUUUUUUGGUCGGAUCUAUGGUCCUCCUUGGCGGUUUCCUGGGCUUCUUGAUUCCUCGUUCGAAAAGUUUAAGCUAGUCAUUUUCAUCGUAUUCAUCCCCAAAUCAAAUAGAACUUGUCAGCUGGAAGAACGUGACUUUCGGCAAACUUUUUACUCAUAAUCACUCCAUAUAGUCGUCAAUUCAAAUUUUAGUGCCUUGAAUAUUUGUACGAUGUCCGUGUAUACUGUUUGUUGUGUGUUACGUGUAAGUUCAAUAUCAUAAGGACACAAUGUUAUUUAGAAAAAUUUAAUUUAUCUUCGUUAAUAAUUUAUUUAGCCUAAAAUAUUUUAUUUAGUAGCAUAUGUUAUAAUCGAAUAUUAAUUUAUUGAAACGUGGAGCAACUGAUCUCCCGCGUUAUAGAUUUCUUUCAGCUAUGUGCAGUGUAUUAUAAUAGGUAAUUGUUUUAUUUAAUUUAGACGACAAUCUUUUAAAUCAUUGAUCCACGAAAAUGUCUCAGGGAUUGGCAAUUUCGUUUACUUUCUUUAUCGCUUCUUGAAUUUCUCUAUUGCCCUGGUAGAAAUGUAUUUUCAAUAGAUUAAAUUAGAAUAAAUUACAACAAUGUGAAAGUUGUAUCUUUGUUUUUGUAAAAAAUCGUAAUUACAUAGAAAAUUUUGUAAAAGUGUACUAUUUUUUUACUAGAAUACAGAUACUUACAAAUGUUAGAAUAAUUAUGAAUUUUUAAAAACAAUUCUCAAAUUGUUGUAAUUUAUAUUGUAAUUUAUUCUGUUUUACUGUGAACGUGAAUUUUUAUCAGGGUUUGGAUUUGGUCAAAAAAUAUUGUGUAGUUUAAUGUACGAUAUCCAUUCCUAGAGUGUAAAAAUCAAAUAUUUGAAGUAAAGUGCAUUUGACAUGAAUCACAUGUCAUCAGUGACAUAAAAAAGGAAUCGAGUUUACAAGAUAAUACAAUGCACAAUAGGUUGGAUUAAGUAUCGUUGCCUGAUUUUGUAAAUAAGAGCGAAUUCGAGAUACUUUCUACGCAUUGCUUGUUAAUUCUGCCAUGAUUUGGAAGAACACCGUUAACUGCAAAUCGGAUAAGUCACCUCAAUGUAGUGGACGGUAGGCGGCUCAAGGGACUUAUCCUAAAUGCAGUUAACGGUGUUCUUCCAAAUCACGGCAGACUUGAUAUGUGCCCCAAUGUCAAUUAUUAUCUAAUUAUAGUAUUUGUAAUUAAUUUCCCUUGUAACAAAAUUAAACCAAAAUAUAAAUAUUAAAUAAGGGGUCAUUGUUGACUUAGAAUGCAACUAUCGUGAACGAGUUUAGCUUUUUGAAUAAAAAUUCUAGAAUG